AUGUCGGCUCCCUCAGGUAUCGAGAUCACCGAUGAGCUGAAGAAAAUAUUCGGCGAGGCAGUCGACAGCAAACAAACGCGGUUCAUCAAAGUCUCAAUCGUGAAUGAGGCUCUCGUCCACACAUCAUCCAUUCCAGUUCAAGGCUCCUUUCAAGAAGAUCUCCAAUUAUUGGACUCGGAAGACAUCCUCCAAGAAAAUACUCCUGCCUACCUAUUGACCAAACUUGACGAUAAUGAAUGGCUCGUCAUCUACUUUGUCCCAGACACGGCCAAAGUCAGGGAGAAGAUGCUCUAUGCGUCUUCACGCGCGUCGCUUCUCAAAUCCCUUGGUUCCUCCCUCUUCACUGACUCGAUCUUCGCAACAUCCAAGGCAGAUCUGACUCCAGAAGCAUAUACUGCACAUCGCAGGCAUGUGACUGCACCAAAGCCUCUUUCUGCCAGCGAGCAGGAAAUGGCCGAUGUUCGUGCCGCAGAAAGGCAAGCAGGUGGAAUGAGCGCGUACCAAGGAAGCCGUGCAAGGACCUCCCAUAUUGGUCAAACUGUCGGCAUGGCGUGGGCUGAGGACCUCCAAGAAACCGUGAAAGGACUCGGCGAGCGCGAUGAGUCCGUCCUGGUUGUUUCUAGUCAAGACGCAGCCACGCCAGCCACCACCGUGUUUCCACCUCAAAAACUGAUUUCUCUCCAUUUCCCCGAUGAACCGAAAAGGCGUCCUGGUAUGCUACCGCAAGCAACUCAGAGUCGGCGUGCUUCUUCGUUUUUUGAUAUUGACAUCAAGAGUAUUUUGAGUGGGGGCAAGGAGGAUACUCGAUCUGCUGAACAACGGAUAACUCCGUGGGAAGAAGAUUCAGCCGUAAGCAAGUGCCCUUUGUGUCUGGCCAACUUCCACCAGCUCACCAAUCGAAAGCAUCAUUGCCGAUUAUGUGGACAGAUAAUAUGUGCGCAACCGGUGAAACGACCUCAACGACCGCAAUUAUGCUCCAUUCUGUUCGUUGUCGAUCCCAAGACGCGAGAGAUUGAAGAAGUGGGUGAGGGUGUUGACUAUGGUGUACGGAAGCGGAAGACCUCAACUGUCGGCGGUCCAAUACCACCUCAGGAACUUGCAGAGGAAGAGAAGUUUCUACGAGGCGUCAGAAUAUGCAAUCAGUGUCGGCCUGUGUUGCUACGACAGCAGUAUCACCAGCAAGCUACUCAUGUCCCGACGUUCGUCAGGCUUUACGACGCUUUCAUUGCUCUGGAGAAGGAGAUUGAAGACUCUCUACCGCAGUUCCAAGAAUUGAUUCUUAGCCUGACUCAUGAUUCUCAGCCUACGAAAGAAGCCUCCGCCGCCAGAAAGCGGUUGCUUGAAGCGUUCGCGCAAUACGACGCGAUUGCAAAGUGGAUACGAAACCUCGCUGCACCCAAUGGGGGGUCACAGGAACGAGUCCAGAUCGCAGUCAUGACGCGGGCAAAUCUGUUCUUACAGAAGAACAUGUUCCCUCUCCAGUUUCUACCUAUGCCCAACCAAACGCGCAAAUACAACGGCCUCGGCAACCCCUGUAGCCGUCUGAAGGACGGCUUUGUCGGGAGUGUGGCGCUCACAAUGAGCGAAUAA